UGUAUCGUCGUUCCGAUAAGCGCGGGACGUUCGCCGCGGACGACGGCCGCGGCCGGACGAUAGAUAGACCGGAGAGGUUCGACGAACCCCAGACGACGCGCGACACACCACUUCCCCGAACGAUCCUCGGAGACACAUUCGUGGCUCUCGCGGGUAUAUUUCGUAAGAAACGGGCGUGCCUCGGUCUGGAUGCGCGUCUCGCGGAGUGUCGAAUCUGAUCUGCCGCUCCGAAUCUACCGAAAGGGAAAUCUAUCGUGAUUGUAUAGCAAUAUUUCGAACGAACACUCGUUCGAUUCGCGCCGGUUCCGGGGCGGAGCAUUGGUACCUAAUUGUUAAAAAGUUGCCAUUUGAAGUAAAUAUACAAGUUCGAGAUAGGAUAGAGAGACAAGUUUUGAUGUAAAUUAGACGGGAAAAAUGAGCUUGAGGUAUAAACUCGUUUCUACAACCAAGUGCGAUUGAAGGGAAAGCUUUGGAGGCAAGUUCAAGGUAUCCGAUCCUGUGGUCACCGCGCGAGGACUGAUUACGCUUGGCGAUUUGCGCGAUACCACCUGUCGACGCUAUAUUCUGUUAAAGAACAUCGGCGUUCGUCCAUCUCGACGACGUCUGCUUUUGGUUCCUCGAACGUGGACAACCGAACGUAUCGAUAUAAUGUCAACCGGAUUAUACAUGAAACGAUGGUGCGCGGUCUGUCGCAGUGGACCAAGACCCUGAGCUUCCCGGCGAGGGUGUCACCUCAGAGACCCGCCAAGGAGUCCAAGGUUUUCCACGUAAGCCCCAGUGCUAGCCCCACGUCGCCACCCAGCCCGAUCAACGAUACCAUGGACAAAGCGCCUAUAAUUACCGAUGAGAACUUCCAAGACACGGAGGCAGAAAAGGCAAUAAUGGGCUCCAUCGUAUACUGCAUACAUCACAAGGACGGUUGCAAAUGGUCGGACGAGCUGAGGAAGUUGAAGGCGCACCUGAACACGUGUAAACACGAUGCGAUUCCAUGCGGCAAUAAAUGCGGGGCGAUGAUACCUCGCGUAUUAAUGGAGGAUCACCUGAAGUAUACCUGCGCUCAGCGUAGAGCACGUUGCGACUUUUGUGCCAAAGAAUUCACCGGACACACUUUAGAGAAACACACGGGAACAUGCGGUUACGAGCCUCUUUAUUGCGAAAACAAGUGUGGCAUGAAGGUGCAAAGGCGACACCUCGGUCAACACAAGCUGGGAGAGUGCGCCAAGAGGCUAGUCGCCUGUCGUUACUGUAGCAAGGAAUUCGUUUUCGAUACACUCGGCGCUCACCACGCGAAAUGCGGUCGAUUCCCGGUAGCGUGUCCUCAUCGUUGCGAAACCGCGGUGCUGCCCCGGGAGGAUCUCGAGGUUCACCUGAAGGAUCAUUGCACCACGCAUCUACUUUCCUGUACAUUCAAGGACGCCGGUUGCCGCUUCAAGGGAAAUAGGUUCUCGCUGGACAAACAUUUGGAGGAAUCCUCAAAGAUGCAUUUAAGUCUCAUGUGCAGUCUGGUGACGAAGCAGCAACAUCAAAUAACCAGCUUAAAGUCGGCGAUUAGCAAACUAUCGUUAAAUUACACGGGCACGCUCAUAUGGAAGAUCACGGAUUACGCCGCCAAGAUGUCGGAAGCGAAAGCAAAGGAGGGAAUGGAGCUUGUCAGCCCACCUUUUUAUACUAGUCAAUACGGAUACAAGUUACAGGCUUCCAUUUUCUUAAACGGAAACGGAACCGGAGAGGGCAGUCACAUCUCGAUAUACAUAAAGAUCCUACCUGGCGAGUACGAUGCGCUUCUGCGAUGGCCGUUCUCGCACAGCGUGUCGUUCACGAUGUUCGAUCAGACAGUCAUCGCGGAAAAGGCCUGCAACAUCGUGGAGAGCUUCAUACCGGACCCGACCUGGAAGAACUUUCAGCGACCGAGUCGCGAACCGGACUCACUCGGCUUCGGCUUCCCACGAUUCGUUUCCCACGAGAUGGUGAAGAAACGACACUUCGUCAAAGACGACACCAUGUUCAUUCGAGUUAAAGUGGAUCCUAGUAAAAUCGUAGCGGUUUAAGGGAAACGCAUUUAACGAUUUUGAAGAAACGCAUUGGUGUUUCUGGAAACGGACAUUAUGUGAUAUUUCCGAGUACUCGCUUGAGCGGAGCACAUACGGUACUUAUGUCGUUUUUAAAUAAUGCACGGUUAGUUCAAAUUUUUAAACCGACUGAAAACGCAAACUAUAUCGCCGCCCGAUUUGCGUCUUGACAGUUUUCAUUUAUUAGCUCGUGUUAUUGCAAAUAUUGCUGAUAAUUGUAACAAUAAUUAAUUUAUUAACACUGCCAAAUGCGUAACGCGCCAGGAUGUAUUUAACUUUUCUAAUUGCCUAAUUUUUCGUGUCUCUUUUAUCUCUUCAAGAGAUUCUAUGGGAUUUUAUUAUCGUCUAAUUGUCUUUUGUGACAAAAGCACGGAAAAACUUAAUAUUUAUUACUUGUUACGAAAUAUUUUGAAUAUUUUCGUCUGUCUAAUAACACCUGCACAAAAUUAUAUAUUGUAUAUUUUUUGAAAACUUAACAAAUAGACGAGGAUGCCUCGAUUUUUCUAACGAGUGGCCUUACGAUCGCGCAAUUACUUUUAAGGAGAAAAAAAUCAAAGAUUGUUAAGGGACUGAGUGUGUACUAUAAACUUAAUGAAUGUAAAUAAAAAUGCGGAAUGCCAUAUGUUAAUGGACAACGAAUGAGAGCAAUCGAGACAGAAUCACCGAUGUAAAUACGCACUUAUCAUGUAUAGUGAUAAUGAGAAAAUGUGAUCGAGAUAUACUAGUGAAUGUAUGUAACAAUAUGAAAGUAAGCUGGCUUAUAAAAAAGCGUUAUAUAAUAUUCACAUAUAAAA